UGUGUGUGUGUGUGUGUGUGUUCCCUCCACCAGGUUGUCGAUAUGUCAGUAACACUUCACCAAAGAACCAGGUGGACUUUGAAUAUGAUGGACCCUCCAUGAAGACUUCAAUUCCUGGACCACGAUCACAAGAGCUCACGAAGCAGCUGGGAGACAUUCAGAAUGUUGCUGCGAUCCACUUCUUCUGCAACUACGACGAGAGCCGAGGGAACUACCUGGUGGACGUGGACGGGAACCGCAUGCUGGACAUCUACACGCAGAUCUCCUCCAUCCCCAUCGGCUACAACCACCCCGCUCUCCUCAAGCUGAUGUCCAUUCCCAACAAUCUGAGUACUCUCGUGAACCGACCCGCUCUGGGAAUCCUGCCCCCGGAGAACUUUCCAGACCAACUCACUGAAAGUCUUCUCUCAGUGGCGCCCAAAGGAAUGGGGCGUGUCCAGACGAUGGCCUGUGGCUCCUGCUCCAAUGAGAACGCCUACAAAGCCAUGUUCAUCUGGUACAGGAACAAGGAGCGGGGCCACAAGAGCCCGUCUGAAGAAGACCUCAGCAGCUGCAUGGUGAACCAGGUCCCAGGUUGUCCAGACCUCAGCAUCUUAUCUUUCAUGGGAGCUUUCCAUGGAAGAACAAUGGGUUGCUUGGCAACGACACAUUCUAAAGCAAUCCACAAGCUGGACGUGCCCUCGUUUGAUUGGCCGAUUGCUCCGUUCCCCACGCUGCGGUACCCGCUGGAGGAGUUCACCAGAGAGAACGCCCAGGAGGAGGCUCGCUGUCUGGAGGAGGUGGAGGACCUGAUCGUGAAAUGGAGGCAGAAGGGGAAGCCAGUAGCUGGGAUUGUAAUAGAACCAAUCCAGGCCGAAGGUGGAGAUAACCACGCCUCCCCAGACUUCUUCGUAAGCCUCCGCAAGAUUGCACGCAAGCAUGGCUGUGCGUUCCACGUGGAUGAAGUCCAGACCGGUGGAGGCAACACUGGGAAGCAGUGGGCUCAUGAGCACUGGGGCAUGGAGGACCCUGCUGACAUCAUGUCCUUCAGCAAGAAGCUUCUCACUGGCGGCUUCUUCCACAAAGACGAAUUCCAGGCUGAUAAGCCGUUCCGUAUCUUCAACACGUGGAUGGGCGACCCGACCAAGAACCUCCUCCUGACUGAGGUUCUCAAAGUCGUCCGAAAAGAGAAUCUUCUGGCGGAGGUGACCCGCUCUGGGAAAGCUCUGAUGGACGGCCUGUACGACCUGCAGGCUAAGUACCCCGGCCUCCUGAGUCGAGCUCGCGGUGUGGGGACCUUCUGCGCCAUAGACGUCUGUGAUGAUGCAACACGCACCAGCAUCCUGGUGAAGGCCCGAGACAAAGGUGUCCUGCUGGGAGGCUGUGGGGAUCGGUCGAUCCGGUUCCGCCCGGCGCUGGUGUUCAAGGACUACCACGUGAACAUCUUCCUCAACAUCUUCAACGACGUGCUGGCCGAGCACAAGUAGAAGGCGACCCCGAAGGAGCGCGACGGACGCCGCACGAGCCCGACUUUAACCCAGAGCGGAGGGAGGCAGCUCCAGGCGGUCCACGUCAUAAGCACAAUACACACCUCAUACAUCCAAUUAGCCAAUCGUCAUCUCUGUAGCCAGAGGUGAAGAUGAUGAUGAUGAUAUUCUCAUGCUGUACCCAGGGAAGCAUCCAGGUACCUGGGUACUGCUGCAGCCACUGAGAGUUCCACAGUGGUCAUGAUCCUUUAAAAUAAAUCUGUGGAAAUUGAGAAUAAUUCUCAUCUCUUCUCCGUAGAGCGACUCUUGGCGAGUCGUGCCAUGUUGUCCGCGUCGGCUCGUCUGGCUGCUUCACUGUCUCUGCCUGAGGGGUGCAGGUCUGCAGCCGGGCGCUGGCCAAAUGUAAAUCACACAUUGGAGAUCCCAACUCCGAAUGAACCUCUCUGAUUGGCUCAGAAUCUUAUUUCUUCUUUUAGUGAUCAUAUGCUUGCUUCAUCCCACUGAGGUGGUUCCAUGUGUGUGUGUGUGUGUGUGUGUGUGAAGAAGACAGCGAGUCGCCCUGACUCCAUGUAGGAACGCACAAUAGAGCUGACACCUGCAUGUCAUUUGAUGCCGUCCGUUAAAAAACGUCCUUGUGAUGACGCUGUGUUGCUCUUAAUAGGAAUGACUUUUGAAAAAUGUUGUAGCCCAGAAAAAAAACCGUGACUCUUAAAUGAAUCGUGACGAUGUCAUAGAUUGUUUAGUGCCUGCGUGUCACUUAAAUGUGCUAAUAUGGUUUCCUCUCCUCUUUCGAGUGGCUCAAAUGGAAGAAGCCAUAUAAGCCAUGUCACCUUGGUUGAACUAAACUCCCGAACACAUCGACCUGAGUCUUGAACAAAAGCGUCAUAUGUUGCCAAAAUUUAUUUCUGAACUUGCAUUUACUUUUAUAUUAUAUACCACACUUGGUUGUAAUUUCAUAUUUCACAUUUCUCAUGCGUGACAGUGUUUAAGCAUACAGGGAAACUAAUCGUUUUCAGUUUGCCUCAAGCUAACCGAGCUAAUACAACUAACGGGGCUAAUACAGCUAACAGAGCUAACAGGGUUAAUACAGCUAACAGGGCUAAUACAGUUAACAGAGCUAACGGGGCGAAUACAGUUAACAGAGCUAACAGGGCUAAUACAGCUAACAGGGCUAAUACAGGGUUAAUACAGCUAACAGGGCUAAUACAGCUAACAGGGCUAAUACAGUUAACAGAGCUAACGGGGCUAAUACAGUUAACAGAGCUAACAGGGCUAAUACAGCUAACAGGGCUAAUACAGUUAACAGAGCUAACGGGGCUAAUACAGUUAACAGAGCUAACAGGGCUAAUACAGCUAACGUGGCUAAUACAGUUAACAGAGCUAACAGGGCUAAUACAGCUAACAGAGCUAAUACAGCUAACAGGGCUAAUACAGUUAACAGAGCUAACAGGGCUAAUACAGCUAACGGGGCUAAUACAGCUAACAGAACUAAGAACUCGACCCCUCAGAGCAGAAUGGCUUCUUUGAUUCGGGCUUCAGGGGUUCAGCCUCUGAGGGUUCGUUUAUACCGAUGUGAUGAACAUGAGCUGGAUGACGAAGAGUCUUUCAGUUGUUAGUGUCAACUUGUUGUUAGUCGCAUCUUUUGGAACUCGUCCACUGAAAAGCCCUCAGACUUUGAAAACACUCCCAACUAGAACGGUGAACUCAUCUCCCCGUGUCACACUUCAGUUGACUGGUCAUCGCUUCCUCUGAGCCAGAGCUGUCCUCCUGUGGGUUCACUUGUGUUAGCUUGGUUAGCUUUAUUAGUUGUAUUAGCCCCAUUAGCUCAGUUAGCUGUAUUAGCCAUGUUAGCUCGGUGAGCUGUGUUAGCUCUAUUAUCCUUGUUAACUUGGUUAGCUGUAUUAGCUUGGUUAGCUGACAGCAGAAUACUCGAGGUGACAUCAUCUCCUGACAGACAGUAAAGCGUAAAUGUGUCCUUUAUGUCGCUGAGGCCAACAAUGAGUCCAUUCCACACUGAACAUCACAGAGGACAGAUUUAAAAUCUAUUGGACGUGUCUUCAAACUGUAUUUUUUAUAUUUUAUUCUCAAGAGAAAAUACUUUAAAUAUAUAGAUUAAAUUAUUCUUAUUUUUAUGGGAAUCCUAACAAAUGAUCUCCCCCAAACAGGGCUGCAAGUCCACUGAGUAUCAAUCGGAUGAUAACAGAGAAGUGGAGCUUAAAGGCUUAAACACCGUCACACCACAACUCUAUAUAUAUAUUUGUAGAUUCUUUAUUUUAUAACUCUGCCCAGGCUGUGGUUCUGAUUCUGUAGAACAGUCGAGACUUCAUCAGUGUCUGAAUGUUCAAUGGUGCUUUUAGGCAAGAGUUGCAAAUUAAUAUAUAUGUAUAUGUAAUAAUAUUUUUUCGUUCAUGACAGAAAGUAUAUCCAGUAAGCCGGACGUAAAGUAGUUUGGGUCGAUGUGUGAACAUGGACCGUGGGUCUGCCGGGGGUCCAUGAGCAAUACAAUGGUGGUUUCUAUAUUCCAUGUCAUGACCUUCUUUAAUCAUGUUUGACUAACUGUUAUCGCCUGUGAUCUGAGGUACAUGAUUAUUGAUGUGAUUAUUCCCGAUGGCUCUAACUGUUGUCCAUAAAACAUUCUGUCCAUUUACUGUGAGAAUAAAUCAAGUUUUAAGUAA